GUUUUGUUCCGUCACCUUGAUAUAAAUUCAUGUUGGAAAAUACUUAAUCGAACAAAAAAACAAACAUCUUAUCUAGAUAACAAAAUCGUAACCAAUUGGUAGCAGAGAGGUUUCGUCAAUAUGUUGAUGUUAGUGACACUUAAAAGAAUGCAUGGACGGGUUCGAUUCCCAGUGUAGGCAUAUGAAAAUUACAAAAAAUAAAUAUGUUAAAGCUAGCUGAACAUACCAAAAUAGUUAAGAAUUUAAGCAGCGAGAUUUCACAUUAGGGUAGCAGUCCACAGCUAUAUGAGUAGGUUAGCAUUUGGUGUCUUUGCAGUUUUCAAACAUAAAAGCUAGUGUGCAAUAUAAAUACUUUUUGGAGAGUUGCAGAUUCAUAAAGAUUUCAUAGUGAUUUAAUAGGGACAUCAAGAUUGGGUAACAUGUACGUAGAAACUUCUCAAAGGAAAAGCAGAAAACAUGCUUAAAGUUGUGCACAUAAAGCGGAGAAAUUUCCAGACGACAGUUGUACUUCUGCUUCCAUUUAUUUUAUCACUCGGAAUUGCAUUUCCAAUGUUCUGUUACCUUUACACCAACGUCAAAUCCUUAACUUUGUAUGUAAAACCAUUCUUGGAAUAUGAUGCUACAGGUGGCACAAAAGUUGUUCUGGAAAGGAUUAAAACUUUUACACCUCUUCACAAAACACACACUAGUACUCAAACAAUUAUUAAAUUAAAACAAACUAUGCAUUCUAGAACUAAACCAUCUGAUAAACAAAACCAAAUUAUCAGGCAACAGAAAUGUACUGGGUGCUUCUCAGAAAACAUUGCUUUAAUUAUCAAUAAUGAAGAAAUUUGUAAACCUAGUAGCGAGUCUAUCGAUAUACUGAUUAUGAUAACGUCUUCUCCGCAAAAUAAGUUGAGCCGAGACGCUAUAAGAGAUACUUGGUUAAAGCAUACAAAAAUGAACAAAGGAAAUAUUCGCUACGUAUUUCUACUUGGAGAAUCGCAUAUGACUAAAGAAUUAGAGGAAGAAAACUUUCAAACAAUGGAUAUUAUUUUGGGAGGCUUUAAGGACACAUACAAUAAUCUAACUUAUAAAACAUUGAUGAGUUUUCAAUGGGCAACAAAACAUUGCAGAAAUGCGCAGUUCGUUAUGAAAACGGAUGAUGAUGUGUACGUGCAUAUUCCUAGACUAAAACGAGUAAUAACAGAAAAUUCGAAUGCGUUACAGAACGCCGUUGGAGGAAGUUGUCACCGUGUUGCAAGUCCUAUACGAGAUAAAAGAUCCAAAUGGUAUGCUUCAUUUGAAAGCUAUCCAGAAAAAACAUACCCGGGUUAUUGUUCUGGUACUGGAUACGUCACCAGUUUAAACGUUAUCACAAAAAUAGUUGAAAUAUCAAAAACAGUUCCGUUUUUUCAUCUGGAAGAUGUGUAUGUUGCUUUGUGUAUAAAAAAAAGUGGAUUACGAUUACAUCCUAUAAGCGGUUUUAUGCUAGCUUAUGAUUUUAGAAAUUGUGAAAAUAACGAUAAUAAGUUAGUUACUAUUCAUCAAGUUUCAGUCAGUAUGUUGAGACGUAUUUGGGAGAUAUCUUGCAGUUCGAAUAAAGUAUGAAUGAUCCAUGA